CGGGGCCCAGACAAGAUGGCGUCGCCCGGGUCCGGCGGCGCCGAGCGGGGCCCGUAGGGACGGCGGGUGGUGACCGCGGGACGGCGGGACAGCGGGGCCGGGGGCCGCAGGUUCUAAAUGGCUUCUAAGAAGUUGGGAUCCGACUCUCAUGGGCCUUUCAGUUACCUUGAUGAUGUCCCAUUUAAGAUAGGAGACAAGUUCAAAACCCCAGCAAAGGUUGGAUUACCCAUUGGUUUUUGUCUGUCUGAUUCUUCACAGCUUCUCAGAGAAGCCCAGUAUGACUUCUCACUGGAAAAGAAAACAAUUGAGUGGGCUGAAGAACUCAAAAAAAUUCAGGCUGCCCAGAGGGAAGCUGAACGCAAGGCAGAAGAGGCUCUAGCAAACUCAAAAGCAACUCCAGAGGACAGCAACAAGAUGGGGUUCUCAGAGGGACCUCGCCCUGAAGCCAUGCCUCCUCCUAUUAACCCUAUCCUCGCUAGCCUGCAGCACAAUAACAUUCUGACUCCUACCCCGGCCAACACCAGCUCUGUGAAGCAAAAGGUCCUCAGUCCACCUCGACCAAAGGCAGAUUUCAACCCGGCUGAUUUUGAAUGUGAAGAAGACCCAUUUGACAAACUGGAAUUAAAAACUAUCGAUGAUAAGGAGGAACUAAAAAAUAUCCUUGAAAUUCAUGUUGGUACUACUGGGCCAAUUGUUGCCCAGCUGUUAGAUAAUACUUUGCCUAAAGGAGGAUCUGAGUCUGUGUUGCAAGAUGAGGAAGUUCUAGCAUCCAUAGAAAGGGCCACGUUGGACUUCAAACCCCUUCACAAACCCAAUGGCUUUAUCACUUUACCACAGUUGGGAAACUGUGAAAAGAUGUCCUUGUCUUCCAAAGUGUCCCUUUCCCCCAUCACUUCAGUGAGCAAUAUCAAAUCCCUGUCAUUCCCUAAGCUUGACUCCGAUGAGGGUGAUCAGAAAUCAUCAAAGCUCACGAGCACUUUCCACAGCACUACCUGUCUCCGCAAUGGCACUUUGCUUAGCUCUUUGCAGACCUGUGCUCAGAGUAAAGCCAGUGAACUCAAUGGACACCAUGUGCUUGGUCUUUCCACUCUAAAUGAGGACAGUGGCAGGGAGACAUUGUCCUCUUCAUCCAGGCUGUCUUCCCUGGCUGUUUCAACUGUUUGUACGGAAGAGGAAUCAUCUCAAAGCAUGUUGACUACGCAGGUACACCCAGACUACCAGGAAACAGAGAUCCCUAUGGUAACACACCAAAACUUUGCAGUGUCUAAAGUGCCCAGUAACAGCAGCUGCACGAAGCGGCCGGGCAGUCUUGCAGCCGAGCUGCAGCAGGGCCUCUCCCCCAGUGAGAGGCACUGUGUGGAGACUGUGGUCAACAUGGGCUACUCACCUGAGAACGUCCUGAAAGCCAUGAAGAAGAAGGGACAGAACAUAGACCAGGUUUUGGAUUAUCUGUUUGCACAUGGACAACUUUGUGAGAAGGGCUUUGAUCCACUUCUUGUUGAAACAGCUUUGGAAAUGCACCAGUGUUCAGAGGAGAAGAUCACAGAACUUCUCCAGUUAAUGAGUCAAUUUAAAGAAAUGGGCUUUGAACUAAAAGACAUUAAGGAGGUCUUAUUAUUACACAACAACGACCAACAGAAUGCUUUGGAAGAUCUAAUGGCCCGUGCAGGAGCCAGCUGAAGACACAUUCCUGCAUUCUUGGCGUGCAACGGAGCAGGACCAGCCCCACCACCUUUGCAUCAUCCAGUGUGACUUGCUCUCAGUGGGAAGGAGGUCCAGCUUUUUGCAUACAAGGGAGAGUGACUGAGCAAGCCUGCCUGCGUGCAUCACUCCAGCAUUUCUCUUUCCACUGAGGGCCAGCUUUCAUUCUUAAAUUAAAUUUUAAAGUGUCCUUUCCUAAGUUUCCUUUUUCCAGCUUGGCCACGGAAAGUUGAGACUCCCCAGCCUCGACUGGAAUUGUACAUAGGUAGAGAUCGAGUGGUUCCCCCCUCAUUGUUGCACUGGAGUUGGACAGAAGAAUAUUAAGUUGGUUCUGAAACUAGGAUGCUUUGGUUCUUUGAAGCUGCUUUCAUGGUGUCUUGUCUGCUUGUACUGAAUUACUUGACUGUGUCACAGUCCAGAUUACCUGGUUAAAUUUGACCUUUAGUGCAAUGGGGUUUUAUUUUUUGGUUGAAAGUUAGUCUAUAACUUAGUAAAACACUGGUUCAGAAACUGUCACUAUGCAUAAAGAGAGAACCUUGUUUUGUCCUCUUGGUUUUUGUUUUUUACCCAUGCAUCCAACACUUCUGCCAGACACAAGUGUCCAAUGUUAAGUGGAAAGUUCCCUUGAAGCACGUAAGCUGUGAACUCGACCUGGACCUGCAACUUGUGUUGGUUCUUGAAACCGAAGGCAGAGAGCUGGGGUUCAGUAUUUUCAAUCCAGUCCCUGGACUUGUAGGAUAUUUAAGACAAUGCCCUGCUAGAAAGUCAGUUAUCUUUUUGUUUUAAAUAAUACACAGUGUGAUGCAGGAGGUUUCUUUCAAGCACUUUCUUUAAAACAGAUAUACUCACUGCAUUAGUUCCAUUUUUCACACUGCUAUAGAAUUACAUAAUAGUAACAUCUAGUACUACAAAUCAGGUUUGGAGUUGUUUUUGAUAGUUCAAAGUAUUACGUUGUACAUUGAUCAAGUUCUAAAUAUCUGAAAUAUCAGCAGUCUUGAGGAAUCUCUAAUUUGCUAAAUAUUUUGAUUCUGCAGAAGAACAACUAAUAAAACCCUGAAAUAUAACUCCCAGUGUCAUUGUUCCCAUCUCUCAUGCUCUCUGGCUGUAGCAGACGAGGAACUUGCUGGAUCCUGCCCGCUCAGGUGCUGCCAGCUCCUGUAGGCACAUGUGAACACUGUUGGGCAGAACAACCAGAGGUCUCUGGGCUGCAGCUACAGUGGUGGGAGGUGCUGUGCUUCUCUGUGGCUUAUUUUUGUUUUAUGUCAAAAUCCCAGCAUAGGGAUCCAGACUCACAGCCUGGAGCUGGAGCAUUGGACUGCUGGAGGACAAAACGUCUGAGCUCAUUGCAUCAGUCUGUGUUUUUCAGUAGGAGGUUUCAGCUCAUCAGGACUCCAAAGGCAAUGGCAUUUGUCUCCAUUAUGUUGUUAGCUUUCUUUGACCAAAACAUCUAAUUUGCGCCUAGUGUGCACUCCUGGAAUUCUCUGUGGAGUGCCCAACUUUGUGAAUUACACACAUUUAUUUAAAAUGAUGCAAGAGAGGGAUCUGCUGGCAAGUGUCUAGGAGAUGUGGAGAGGGAUGAUGAGAACAAGCAGGGCAGGUUGUCUUGCAUAUACUUUAUAGUGUUGACCUUCACCAUUUUCUAGUGGUGGAGCUGAAAUAAAGCUUGUCUAAAAAGGACAUUCAGCAGCUGGUGGGACAGCAGCUGCUGCCUCUGUGAGUGCAGGUAAUGCCCAGCUUCUCUUCCUUCCCAGGUGAGAAAUGCAAGAGUGAAGUGAGAAAAUGGAGUUCCUGACUCAAUUUUGUUUUUCAAGGUUUUCCAAUUAAACUGCUUUACCAUCACUGCUGAGAGGAUUCGUUCGGUUGUGUUGCUUGUUCUGGUUUUCUCAGAAUUGCUACCCCAGUGAGUCCCUGUCUGGUACCAGACAGUCCUGAAGGGGCAAGAAGUCUUUGCCAGCAAAGAAACAACUAUUUAGACCAAACCUCUGAAUAAAAUAAUCUCUGAUUGUAUUAGUGUGUGUUGUUUUUUCACAGUUCCCCUCCAAGGUCUGGCUCUUAACCCUGUAGAAUAACCACGCUAUUUUUGGUGCUCUUGUGGAGGUGAGAGCAGGGAGGUGAAGAUGGGAAGUGGUACCUGUAAAGAUGCAAGAUAUUUCAAAGAGCUGUGCCUGCCCAGGUCUACCCUGAUGCCACUACUCUUGCUUUGGCAGUGACAUUUCUGGAUUAAAGUCCUUAGGUGGCUGAAGGCAUGAAGUGUAUUCCUCUGUUGGCAUCUCAGAAGAAAAUACCAAAGUGAGGCGAUUAAGGGGGUGGCUUAGAGAAGAGGAAUUGCUGAAUGAAUAAGUAACGAGACCCAGUGUGACCAGAGUUCAGUGUUCAGGGUGCUGUGCAGCACUUGUUAAUCUGCUACUGUUCUGUCCAGGCACAGUCCUUUGUGGGUGUUGGGAGGUCCUGCUGGGCUGAAGCAAGGCUGGGCUCUGCCCUGCUGCUGGCUGGUGAGAUUGGCUGCAUCUGUGGUCACACUUGUGACCUUGGAACUUUUCCUUAGGCUGUCAGGUCACAUUGAUUUAUGUCCCUGUUGUGCCUUUGUCACAGGUUCUGUCUGAGGUCUAUGUGCAGAGCCUAAACUGGUGGUUGUGCUUUCAACAAGAGCAUAUUUGAGCUGCCUCCUGCUGAUUCUGGACAGCAGCAGCCUGGAAAUAGCUCUGGUACUGCUUUUUUAUCCCCGGCUUUGUGGCUCCUACCCCGGAUUUGCUGGAGCACAGAACCUGUGUCAACAGCUUUCUGUGGCUGCUCUCCAGGCCCAGAAGGGUCAUUCUGGCUGUGGGGCAGGGCUUCUGAAACUCUCCACACCAACAAAGCCCUGUGAGAAGGGAAGCUCGUACAGAUUUCCAGCCCCACUUAAUCUUUUGCAGUCAAUCAAAUGGGCAUUUUGAUCAUGUUUACCCAAAAUUGUUUUUACCAGAGUUCUGUAGCAAAUUGAAUUUUAUUUUAAAUUCUGUCAACUAUUGAAAUAAAGUAUUAAACCUUUGCUAAUA